AUGGCGUCGUCGUGGCUCCAGGCGUUGACCGUGCUGGUCCUGAUGGCGGCCGCCGGCCCGGCCGCCGCCGAGCCGCAGCACCUGUGUGGCUCGCACCUGGUGGACGCCCUCUUCCUGGUUUGCGGGGACCGCGGAUUCUUCUACAACCCCAAGAGGGACGCGAACCCCCUGCUGGGUUUCCUCCCUCCGAAGGUGGGCGUGGCGGCGGGCAGCGACAACGAGGCGGCGGAGGUGGACUUCCAGGCCCUCCGGGACCACAUGGAGGUGCUGGUCAAGCGAGGCAUCGUGGAGCAGUGCUGCCACAGGCCCUGCAACAUCUUUGACCUGCAGAACUACUGCAACUGA